AUGUAUGAUCAAAAACCUUAUUUAAUCUUGGAGCAUCCUCAUGCACAAAAUCCAGUCUUAAGUUUCAAAUACAAAACUUUAUCAAAUAAUGAUAAAAUUUGGAUCUCUCAUAUUAAAAUUAAAAAUCCAUCCCAAAAUAAUCAGUAAAUUUCUAAUAAAUGCUUUUUAGAAGUCUUGCAUUCAAAGUUAUGUCUUCAGCUGCAGAACAAAUUAAAUCCUAUCCCUUUGUAGGAAUAUUAAAGGCAGAAGAAAGUAAAACAAUCAAAUUGAUUGCAAAAGAGACUAUUUUCGAUAGUAUUUACUAUUUUAUAUUUUAGAGACUGUUAAAGUCAAGAUAAUCUCAAUGAAUAUUGAUAAACCAUAAGAAAUUAAUGACUAAUAUGAAAUAUUGGAUUAAUUUAAAAUACUCAAAGAUUAGAUUAAAGAUCUUCCUUCGAUCUUCCUCCAAGUAUCAAAUUUUAUUUAAUCUGAAACAGUCUCUUAAGUAUUACCUUAAAAGUACUAAUAGUGAAUAAAGAUUACUUUACCAAGUGAUAGAAGAAUCCUUAUGUUUACAUCCAAUAUCUCAUAAAUCUAAAAUGGAAAUAGUAUUCCUGUUUCUACUUUUAUGAAAUCAAUGAUAAGUUAACGAAAAUAAAAAGAUUCUUUGCAGAUGUCUCAAAACUUUUAAAUGGAAUAAAAUAUUUGCUCUCUUUAAGAUCUAUAAUAAGUUCUAAUAAAUGAAACUAGAGAAUUGAACAAAUAGAUAGUUCUUUUAAAAGCCAAAUAAAAUAUACCAUUUGAAGAGGAGAAGGAUGACUAAGUUAAAUUUACUAUGUUUUAAUUAUUUGUAAUAGCCUUAAUUAGUCUAUUGAUAGGGUUUUAUAUGCCUGAAUUUUGA